AUGGAGAUGUCGGAAACCUUGGGCGUCAUCUUCGGCUGGGAACGGGACACAGAUAACACUGUUUUUGACAUCAUUUUUUUCGUGACCUGUGGCGGCCUUUCCCCCGACUCGGACCUUGCAUUAGGUAACAAUUUGGCAGUGGCUUUCGUUCGUUCCCGGGCCCGGUCGCCCGGUGCCGAGUCAUCAAAAGUGGAGCUUAUACUCAGGUCCCGCGGACACAUACUUGUACGUUUCUCCACUUUCCCAGCUGGUAGCAGUUGCCGACGAAAGUACGUUGAUACUGUAGAGCUCAUGGUAGGUUUCUUAUGUCAUCAGCCUUGGGGUAAAUUUUCGCUGGACCAAACGACGACGACAUCAACAUCCAAGGCGUCAAUCAUCAGGGUCAACUGUCAAACCUCGAAUCAACGACCCACACAAACACCAAUGUUCGGAGGAUUCGCACCCCCCCAGCUCUCCCCCGAGGAGAUCAAGCAGAUGGAGGCCGAGGCCAACUUCACCAUCCAGCAGGUCCUCGUCUCUACCGUCAUGCUCUACCUCUCUCCUUUCGCCGUCAAUGCCGUCUCCAGCAUGUUCUAAGCCUCUCGAAUACGAAUCAUUUCUUCGCUUUGUCACGUCUAGCUACAGGCUAGUAACAACCAUCCAAUUGCUCUGUCCGCAUCACGAUGGAUAUAGAGUAACAAGACUUCCCCGCAAUCAACACACGGGGAGCUUCGCGAGUGCCACGAUAUCAGAACGAAUGGCCCAGCAUGUGCAGAAUGGCACCAGUGUACAAUAUAUUGUAGUAUAAUCGGCAUCAGGGGCGCCGAAAUCACCCCGCCCUUGGAAUAGACAAUGCGUCAUGAUAAUUGGAAGACGGACAUCUCCGGGGUUUCUGAUGGUAUCAAUUGUGUCUCGUCUUCGCCGGUGUUCUUCCUCCCCAUGCCACUAUGUUACCACGCGACCUUCGUUCAAAUAGAAACACGCUACGCCGGAGCCAUAGCUUGAGCCGAAGCUCAAUCGCCUACAAAUCCUGCGGACCUUACAUCGAACACAAUGGUCCCUAUCCCUCC